AGGGAAGACUUAGUGUGGCGUUGGCUUUCGCAAGGGACAACAUUUACCUUCCAGCGCCUUUCAGUGUGUGACCCUCUGCAACGGAGCAAUGGCAGGGUGGACUAGUAAUACUGUUUUGACAUCGCUAGUAGUUGCAGCAUGCCUUGGACUCAUAAGCGCAGCUGUUCCUGGUCCAAUAGAUCCGAGAUAUCCGGAUUACAUUGUGUACCCCAGAGUCCCGUGUGAGAAAGAAGGCGUGUUCCCCCAUCCCAGAAACUGUUCUUGGUACUACAGGUGCGUCGACAGGUUCGGCAUCGGAUUUUAUUGGACGAGUCACUUCGAGUGCGAACCGGGGACCGUGUUCUCCGAUGACCUUGACCAGUGCGUGUUCCCCUUUCUGACCGGACCGCCCUGUGGCACGGCUGGAAUCCCGUCAGGCGUACCCACUAGCCCGUCUACCAUUCCACCUUCAACCGCCAGCCCGUCUACCAUUCCACCUUCAACCGCCAGCCCGUCUACUACAACCCCCACUCCACCUCCAACCACAAGUCCAUCCACUACAACACCCACUCCACCUCCAACCACUAGCCCAUCCACUACAACCCCCACUCCACCUCCAACCACUACAACCCCCACUCCACCUCCAACCACUAGCCCAUCCACUACAACCCCCACUCCACCUCCAACCACUACAACUCCCACUCCACCUCCAACCACUAGCCCAUCCACUACAACCCCCACUCCACCUCCAACCACUAGGCCAUCCACUACAACCCCCACUCCACCUCCUCCACCCACAACCCCAUCUACUACAACCACAGCUCGUCCGGUAACAGUCACUGAUAAUUUCUCCGUGAAGUGUUCUCACGACAAUCAGCGACCCGAAAAGCCAUGGCCAACGAAGCGUUAUUGUCAAGCCUUCGCCCUGUGCUCGCCGACUGGACAGUUCCUCGGUGAGUUGGACUUGUGUGAUUUCUAUUUCACGUGUCGCCUGCAAGCGGACGGGACGUGGAAAGCCGAGUUGGAGAGAUGCUCCGGAAACGAUCUCUUCGACUACGAAAAAGACAAAUGUGUUCCCCGCCCUGCAGAUGAAUCUUUGUGUGGAUGACUACAUAUAAUCUCCAGGUUCUGAACAUAGAGAAGAUGACGCAAUGAGAGUCAAUCGGCGGUCGAAAACAUGGUUUCAGCCCAACACAGGGAGGAGCUCAUAGAUAUUUUGUAAGGAAAAUGUAAAAUUGUGUUUGAUUGCGGAUUGUCUACUUGUGUUUCAUGUGUCCGUUUUUUGGCCUCUUUUCUUUCUUGAAACUUCUUUUCGUUUUUCACACUUUCGUUUUUUUCUGUUUCUCGGUUAGGUGAUAAUGAGAUAUAUUUAGAUGUGAUUACAGAUUAUACAUAUGCUGGUACAUAUUGAUCUGUCCCUGUUUUUGGUAUCUAUUUAUCUAUUUAUCGUAUGCAUAAGUACACAAGCAUACAAACUUGCGCGCGCGCACACACACACACACACACACACACACACACACACACACACACA